AUGCCUCCAAAGAAAAAGACCCUGAGGGAUGUAGAUGGUCAUGAGGAGCGGAAUGCCCAGGUCCAGUUGGAGAAGGCCAAGUACAAGCCUGUGGCAUUUGCUGUGCGGUGUAACUUCUAUUACAUACCAGCAGACGACGACAACAUCCCAGUACCAGGCCAGGCUGUGACCUUCGAGGCCAGAGACUUUCUACACGUCAAAGAGAAGUUUAAUAGUGACUGGUGGCUUGGGCGUCCGGUGAAAGAGGAUGGAGUGGUGGGGUUCAUACCCAGUCCAACCAACCUGGAGACCAUCCUGAUAAGGAGAGAUGUCCAGGCCAGGAAAGCUGCCAAAGCUCUGGCCAGUAAAGCAGCAGUUUCUCAAGACACAAAUAAAAAGUACACCCCGCCUUCAACUGUUGCUCAAGCUCAAAAGAAGUCGGGGGAGCAGGUGGCAGCCUAUGACGUGGUUCCUACCAUGCGGCCUGUGGUGCUGAUGGGGCCCUCACUGAAGGGCUUAGAGGUAACAGACAUGAUGCAGAAAGCACUCUUCGACUUUUUAAAACACAGAUUUGAAGGGAGAAUUACUAUAACUCGUGUGACUGCAGACAUCGCUCUAGCGAAGCGGUCCAUACUCAACAACCCCAACAAGAAAGCCCUGAUGGACCGCUCAAACACACGCUCUAACCUAGCCCAAAUCCAGGGGGAGGUGGAGCGGAUCUUUGAGCUAGCCCGGAGCCUACAACUGGUGGUUCUGGAUGCAGACACAGUGAACCACCCCAUCCAGCUGUCUAAAACAUCUCUGGCCCCCAUCCUGGUCUACAUCAAGGUCUCCUCCCCCAAGGUGUUAUCAAGGCUGAUCAAGACCAGGGGUAAGUCUCAGACCAAGCAUCUCAACGUCCAGAUGGUGGCUGCAGACAAGCUGGCCCAGUGCCCAACGGAGAUGUAUGACGUAAUCUUGGAUGAGAACCAGCUGAGUGAUGCCUGUGAGCACAUAGCAGACUACCUAGAGGCCUACUGGAGGGCUACCCACCCCCCAGAAACAGAACCUGUUAACCCCUUAGUGGAGAAGCUGGCAGAGAACACUCUGGCUAUCAGCCCUGCUCCAAAGAUUGCUCAGUUUGGCCGGGCAGUCAGCUCUUGGAAGAGUAUUGGUGGUUCCAAACUUCUUCCAUUUCGGAAUGGAUGCCACUGA